CAGUCGGAUGCUAGAUGUGGCAGGAGUCGGUUCGUUAUAUUCGGUUCAACUCGGCCCUAAUCGGCUUUCGUCGGGUUACUCGUGCUUUUCACAUACACUCGCAUAUUCGUUGCAUCGCGACGGAUGCUCGAAUACUGUUCGUUGCCACUGGGAAUGUUUUCGUGUAAUUUAGCACGAAAAACAUUUGAAUAAUCGGACACGCGACUAACGCGUUUCGAGCCGUGUGGAUAACAGCGAAAAAGAGCAAAAGAGUAAGUGACAGGUCGUUGCACUUGCUCCAUCCAAUCAGUGUCGUCGCUUCGUUGAAUUUCCGUGCGUGAUUUGUGUUUACUGGCCGCGCCUGAAUACCGUUACUUGUGACACUAGCAGACUGUGCGAAAUUUCGUGACUUCUGUCUCUCGCGUUUUUCAUCUCUGCGAUCGAUCUUCGCUUGUCGUGCCCCGUCAACAUCAAACGCUGUAAUUUCCUUCGAGAUUUUCAAAGUAUAUCGUGGCGGAGACGCGUCCAAAGUAUCAAACAUAUUUGUAAUAAGCCGAGGAACGGUACAGAGUGAUCGUGACAAGAACGCUGCACGAGAGCACGUAGAGCGACCUGUUGUGUCGGGAUAGUCGACAGGAAGACACGUAGAAUUUAGUGCCUGUCGGGACUCGUUGAACGACGCUAACCAGAACGGUGAACAAGUUACGACGCGUCUGGGAAAGUUGAACAUCAAACUCGACAUACUCUACAGUCUAUAGAGCUCCUAAAGUCCUACAAUUUAAACGUCGAAUUUUUCGCGGCGUAACAGCCGAGAGGCAAGUAAAAGGGAGGACAGGUCGCAGAAAAAUUCCAGCGAUAAUGCGUACAGUGAGCGAAGCAAUGAAACAUCGCGCGAUCAGCUGACUAGCCGAACUGUUUGGCGGUCGUCAGAACUCGGCCGGUAACGAGAAUCGGCAGAAAACCGGCAAGAACCCUAAAAAUCGACAGCAACCUAGAUUGCCUACUUGUGCGGUUAUGACGUUUGGAACGCCGUUUCACACCGAGAAGUCGCAGUUCGUUGGCGAUAACCCUGUUCGGCCCAGCACCAUGGCGGCUGAGGAGGGUGCGCUGAGUGGCGGACUUGGGGCGAAAUUAAAAUGUCCAACCCCUAUAUCACGCUUGAGGGUGGAGAAGAUCGAGGGUGGUCUCAUGGUAGCUGGGGUUGUAAUAGCUGCGAACUGCCAGAUUGCUCUUCCGGCAUUCGGCUUUCUCUUCAUGCUCGUCGGCGCUGUGCUCACUGCUGCGUCGUAUCGCGGUCCCGGCCAGGAUGAAGACAAGGACUCGUACGCGGCUAGAAUCGCGUUCACAGGCAACUCGCGGAUUUUGGGACCGAUCUGCAUAGUCGUGGGCGCCCUUAUGCUCGCCCUCGGCGUGCUGCUUUGCACGCUGACUAGAAGGGCGCGAAGAAGAGAGCGCAGGGUUGGCUUCCAUUGCCCUCUCCACGGCGAUUUUUAUCCUCUGAGUCCUGUUCAGGGCGCCAAGAUGUUUGGCUUGUCGGGCAACGAUGUUAGCGGUUGGUCGAAAAUCCCCUGCCUGAAGGGACGUUCCUCCAGCAAAGGUGGAAACGCAUCUUCCGGUGCACAUGGCGGUCCGCCACAAUGUCCACAUUCUGUGUUAAGCAGCACUCGUAGUUCAGUCAGCAGUUCGCCAUUGAGCCCAUGCCCAACACCUAUGCCAUUUUUGGUCACCUCGGGCUCGGUUAGCGGAAUACAAGGCUGCCAACAUAUAAAAGAUCUUUUAUUAACCGAUACAACCAAUAGCGGGAUGGUGCAAAGUGUUGGUGCCAAUUUAUCUCCGGACCAAACAUUCGGAUCGAUUCGAUCGCUGUCGGUGACGAGGGAAGUCGCCAGUUUUCCUCUAUCAAGAACGCCUACGCCACCUCCGCAACGCAGAACGGCCACGCUGACGAGCGCAGAGGAUCUAGCGAGUGUAGGAAGCCCACUGAGAGAAGCUUCGCCGCGGCCGGAAGUGCGAGUGGUCGCUCCAUCGCAUCGACCGCCGCCUGCCCUCGCCACGGUCAACAACACGAACAACGCCAGUAACGGAUCUGCGAAUCGCAAAUCGGUCAGCAUACUGCUGCCCGAGCAGUCGAGUGGAUGACCCGAGCAGCAGCACGGCUUUGUGCAUCGUUGCGACAAGGAGCCGCCAUCGAUUUAGGAAUCCAGCAAAAGAAAAGCGGCCGCUACGGCAACGAAGAGAAAGGCGGAAGCAACGAUGACGAGGCUCGAUUGCGCGACGAACACCCGACAUCCGAGAUUUGUCGGACGAUCGUGGUGCUCGAGUUUCGAAAGCGGCAAGCAUCGGUCACGGCGUGGUUCCCGCUUCCAGCCAGAUCUGGCUGCCACGCCGUGACGAUGAUCGCGCGCAAUUACCACGGCCAUUCGUUCUUGGCAGUCAGAUCUCUGUCGCGAGCAAGGGGUUCGGCGAUAUCAGACUCCGCGGCUGUGUGAAUUAAAACGGAGUAGACGGCCGGACGAACUAAGUUAAUUCGCGUUAUUGACAAACGUUCGAUCAUCGGCAUCGCCCCGCCAGCCCAAAUUGCUGGAUAAUUCACGCUGCCGGCGUGAUAGCCGAGACAACGACAAUUUGUCCAACCGUAGUCGCUUUCAAACUGCUACUAGUUCGUUCGUUUUAUGUCUUGUAAAUCGGCCCGUCUUCCUUCUUUUUCUUUCUUCUCCCUUUCGUUUCUUUCGGUUCGAGCCAGCACAGCGCUGCUAUUUCUGUCUCAUCGUGAAGACCACGCGAGGAAACAUGAUGAGUCGAUUCGAACAGCGCUUGUAAGUGGCAAAGAUUCGAGAAUCUUGACUUUCUAGAGGAAUACGUUGCGCGGACUAAUGAAAACACUGCAGUGUGCAGUUUAAGCGCAAAUUGAUUCAUUGUUUCUUGGUGUAUGCCAGUUAUUCAAUCGAUGAGAUUGAGUUUGCUUUAUAACUGAGAGGAGAAACACGUAAAAUUUCGAUUAAAUUGGUGCAUAAAGUUUCUUUUCCUCUUUGAAAAACUUGUGUCUUGCCACUCGCAAUGUCUUCUACAAGCGCUCUUCGAUUUUUCUUACUUUCCUGUUACGUUGCUUGACCAUACGAAACAGUUGAAAAACAGGUAGCCUGUGAGAUUCGAAGAUGCAAGUCUUCCGAAGAUAGGAAACAAAUCUUAGUUUGACUUGUUUGAUAGCAGUCUGCGUAACCGAGGUUAUUUUUUAAAUGCUCAGGAAGAUAAGAAAAAGUCGUAUUUAAUUCUAAAAUCAAAUAUGAAACUGAUGGACAACCUAUUGAAUUAAAAAUUUCUCUUCUAUAACAGACUUAUCAUGUUUCUCACCUGUGGCCUUACGCGUAUACGUGCUACGAAGGAGAAGCGUAUCGAAUUGCGAGGAUUCUUAUCAAAAUCAGACCCACAAGACGCGUCUACCUUCUUUGAAAAAGCGAGACGAUUAACAAUUUGCGGAGGCGUAACGCGUUAAAUGCUACGUCGUUGCCAACAUCUCUGUAGCUAGAACGCUUUGUAGCGUCGUGUCUCUUGGCGAGACGUAAUUUGUUAACAUCGCGUGAUUGGACACCGUAUAAAUUUAAGAAACACGAUCAUGUCAUACAAGAUACUAACGCGGACCUCUUUGCCUCUUGUUCCCUUGGAAAAGUAAUUUUUUCUUCGAGUUACCUCGCUGGCUCUUCGAAUGUGGAAGGUAGACGAAUAGAUGGGACAAACAAGAAUUUCCGACUACUCGACAGCGCGACACGCAAAAGUCAGAUUCCCUGUAUUUAGAGUAAUCUGCGUUCAUCGAUCGUCCAAGUUUAAAUCUUUCACAGUGUAAGAACACGACAAGGAAUCCCAAAUUUCAAACCUAGACAGCUUUUUCAUUAGAUAAUUAACGAUAAGCAAAGCGCGUGUUCGGCUUCUGGCCGAUGUUAAUAACGCGUUCCGAGGAUUUUUCAUUUUUACGCUUUUACAGCGAAGCUUUUUGAACUAAAGAUUUUACCAAAAAAAAAAAAACGAUCGCACUUAAAGAUUUGUAAAUUUAUUUACGUAGCGUACUUUAUCAAUGCAAACGAUACGACAAGCAAUUUUCACAUUUCUGUCUUCGAUAUCGUCGAAGUACACAGAGUUAAGAUACGAAACUGUAUCUCGUAUGUAUCUCGAAAACUGUAUCUGCCAGCACGUUUACAUUGUGAAAGGGUUAAGCUGGCCCUAUCGAUCGAAAGAAACUCGCGCGAUAUUUCGAAAGAUUCCUCUCUCGGAAGACUCUCGUUUCAAGCCAAGCGAGAAACCGAGUCGGCCAUUCUCUGCGCGAAAGUCUGCGGAAGCUUCGAAACGGCGGUCUUCAAGAACAGGAAUUGAGAUCGCGGCCGAAUGGAUAGGAUUUCGUCGAGAUCGAUCGCCUGUCGUUAGCCGAGACGAAAUGCAAAAGAUCGACGCGUUGAUCCUUCGGCUGCGUGUUCGCUGAAGCAACGACGAGGACCUGUCGAUCUAUGUUUGUGGAAGAUGUGGCGCUCGUUGUCCAAUGUCUCUGACAGUAACGAAAGUUGCUGCUUGUUGCCCAUUUCCAAUCGCGGCGGUAAAGAUCAAAUGAAAAAUAAGAAACGCGUAGCGACGAAAGCGAACAUUUCUUUGGUAUGGACAACGUGAUUCUACCAGUUGACGUUCAUUGGCGAUUACUUGGAACACGCAGCAACAACAGGCAACGGGAGGUUCCUCGUUGUGUCGCUUAGGCGAAGACGCGGCUUUUGGCUUUGGACUUCAGCGUACAAGGCAUAAACCUUGCUUUCGUUCUAUUUGUAAUUUUUAACGAACAAUUGCACGAUGUUGCGCAACGCUGUACGUAGAAUCGCUUCGGAUAUCCCUCGCUUUCCUCGUUGAAUUUCACGGCGAUGAUUCGGAUAAUCGGCUGAUCCGAUCAGUGCGAAACCUUUGAUUUGUAAUCGCUUGUAACGCUUCUCGAAGACGACGGCGAAUAAGAAUUCAACCGUGUAGUUUAAGUUUCUAAAGCCAGUAUUAAUGGAUCGUUGGUAAAUUUCCACGUCGCUACGAAGACGAAGAAUCGAGCAGUUUAAUUGUUCAAGCUCACUGACAAUCUACCGGACGAGUAUCUGAAUCAGUUUGUUUUCGUGUUCGAUUGCACGCCGAGAUAAGAAUACGGGAAACUGGGAUAUGUUUGCAGAAAGAUCGCAAAAUUGUCGAGAAGCCAGACACAAUGUCGAAACGAAUUACUCUUCUGUUCGAGUCGAACGAUUUUAACACUAGAAUUCCCAGAGUGGCGAAAAUGACCAAUUUACGAUCCUUUAGAAAUAAUUCUGUAGAUUGGCGAAGCAGUUUUAGAAUUUCCAGUGAUUCUUUGUAAAAUAUAUGGACAAAGUGGCCUUUUGCCUCCAAUUAUAUAGAAUUUUCUAUAUCUGUUACUUUCGCUCCUUUGGUACAGGUUUCAUAUUUGAUCGUGGGUUGUUCUAGUGUUAAAGAAUUCGAAGUACGAUGGACGUGAUACUGUCGAAUGUACUCGACGUUUCCCCAUCAGAACUUUAGAUACGACAAUCAAUGGACCCCGAGGAAUUAUUCGCAACGAAUUGAUCCGUUCUUCGUUGCGGCCACUAGACUGGCCAUGUGCUUUCGAAAAAGAGCGGCGGGAAAGUUGCGCGAGAUUAGGGAAAGAAAGAGAUUUCGAGAAAUCGAAGGAAAUCCAUGCUUAUACAUUCGCAAAGAAACAUCGACUGCUAUUCGACUGUAUGUAAACUUAUAAAUGUCAUUCCACUGUUGCUGCAGCAAGUUGUGUCGAAGAUGAGAAAUCGAUUUUACACGGUGCAUUCGUGAUUUACUUAGAAUAGUUGAAUGUUUCACGACGAUAGAAGAACAUUGUUCCCCGUUUGUUUCAGCAUCGGUACAAUAAACCUUCUUACGCGUGUAAGAAUAAUAAUCGAGUCGUUGCGCCGAUAUGACUCGCGCGUCAUCGUCGAACAUGCGUCUACGAAAAAGCAUGACGCGAACGAAACGUGCUCAGAAAUUAGAUUAAAAGGCAGUUUUCUCCGAUGAAAAAAAAGCAAAGGAGGGGAAAAGAAGAAUGAACAUCAGCAAAGGUCUAUAAAGAUAGUCGAACAAUGGAGAAAGAACGUUUCAAACUCUUUUGUUUGUCACAUUUUAGAUAAAUUAACGAAUUUCACCAUCUUGAUAAGAUCUAGCGCUAUCUUUGCCCACGAUAAUACACCACACAUACACACACACAUACAAAUAACGCUUAGGUGAAAUUAAUCGAGAAAAAGAGACUCCUAGGAUUCGUUGAAAAAUCCUUUCGAUGGUGCUUCGUGGAUUAGUGCUUUGAUGAAAGAUUAAAUCGAGGACACUUGGUUGGAUGACUACUUCGAGUAGGAAAUUAUCGUGGGCCCUAAUUACACGUAUAGUCUUUAAGAUUCUAGACUUAAGAUAACGCAUACGAGUCACUCACGAUUCGCCUGUCUGCUUGGUGGCCGCGAUCAGCCGCGAGCUGCUAAGAAAUUAGCUCGACCGAUCGCCUAAGUUUUAGCUUCGUUCGCAUCGCCAGACCAGCAGCACGUUCUCUCGAUUCGCCGAAACUUACGAUCGGAACCAUCGUUCGACUCGAUAUUCGGCUUUUGAUCGCCAAAGGACAAUUGGAACCGCGACCGAGCAGACACCAGCAGAUUUUAAAUAAGACUCUAGUCCUGUAAAUACGUAGCUAGACGAAACGUGAAACGAGAAAACGAUCGGCGGAACUGUUGGCCUGAGAACAUAAUCUUGAGACACGAAGUGUAAAAUGUUUGUGGUUCGCAUGGAGAUUAAGCCGUCACUUUGUAUCUUGAAUUUUGCAAAACAAGCUAUUCCAUUCCGACGAUUGAUCGCAACCGUUUCGUCGAAUGACGAGGUUCGUAAGCGAGGAAGGCAAUUUCGAAGACCGAAAUUUCGCUCGAUCAACCAAACGAAAUAUAAAUAUAAACUGGAAAAAUCAUAAUUUGAAAAUGCUUGCAACUGCAGAGGAGCGCGUAAUAUUUAAAAUCUAAAAUCGACUUCCUGCAGUAAAAUCUGUAAUUUCGUAUUUUCUAAUAUAAUUUCAUUAUUUUUGUCGGGUCCCACUUUGUGCGAGCAUGUACGUCAUCUACUGAUUCUUCUAAUUCAACUACGUUAGUUACUACGUGCAAGUGAAUUAAGUUUAUCGACUCUGCAACCGCGGGCGAUUUUCCGAAUUUCCCUUACAGAACCGCGAACGAAUUUUCCGUCUAUGCUGUAUUUUAGUCCAUAUCUUCUCUAGUUUAUCGUAUGAAAAUUUUCAGUAGCAUACAAAAAUAAUGUCUUUUGCUUUUUCUUCCAUUCUGCGUAUCAAAGAUCCCGCCACGAGAUCUAAAUGCCCCGAACGAGAGUUUAUCUCCUGCACCAGAAGCGUUAUUCCAUAAAAUACGACAUAAUAAUCUAAUUCUUAAAGACACAGUCGAUGAGAUGUAACGACCCGUACGUUCAAAUACGAAACACGAUUGAACCCAGGAGAAGUAUCGUUUAGCAUUGCUCGGAUGUUGCACAAACUCGAAGCAAAACGAUGAUCGCGCAAAUGAGCGAAACACGUGGAGCGCGAUUUCCACGUGGCCCGCGGUUGGACGGUCGAACACACUCGUAAACAGAUACAUUUUCCACCAAAAAUAUAUCUCCAUGCUGUCGUACAUAUAUCGUUGCUCAAGAACAAAAGAAAAAAAAAGAAAGAAAGAAAAAACAAGCUGAAACAUUCGAAUGGGCCGAGAAGAUCAGAGCUGUUUUACCAACUGCAUUUAAUCCCGCGCGAUCGUGCAGAAUCCGGCCGCUAGCCGCAAACAUGUUACGGAAGAGGAAGAAUACUGGUUUCUGAUAUAUCCGACAAUAUAUUUACAUUAAUCGUAACGGUCUAGUACACGUUCUCGUAUGUAGCUCGCUGUAUGGCGAUUGUUCAUGCACCCUUAGGGAAGAUUGGCGAGAGGAAGAGACGAUCGUGCGCAAAGUGGCGCAAAGCGGAGACGAUUUGGCGCGAAGGAGCCGCGUACCAAACGGAUGAUAUCGGUGAUCGACCUAAAAUUGAUCUGCGAGCGGAUAGGAAGAGACGAACGAGAGAAAGAAGGAAUGGAAGAGAGAAAGGAAAGAGGUCGAGGUUCAUCGUGUUACAUUCAGCGAGGCAAGCGCGCUUGCUCGUGCGAAAUAGCGUGUGCCAAAAGAUGCGUCGAAUUCUUGUUUAGCGAUACGCGAAGCUCGCGAGACGUUCUCGGUCUCCGGUGCGCUUUCGAUCAUCCAACGACACGAAUUGCGACGGAAAUGAUGAUGAACAAUGUGAUUCGAAAGAACGGAAGAGAACACCUUGUUGCUAAUUAUUUAAGAAUUAUUCCUCGUCGAAGAUAUGUUACACACACACACACACACAUACACACACAUGUAUAGACGCGUGGCGUAUUUGGAAACGCGCGACACGGCCAUCCUCGUUAUCAUCGAAUCGAAGAAGCUUCGCUGAUGAAACGUAUGCUCAAUACGCGAAUCGAAUCGAUGCAUUCCUUUCUUCCGGGGCCGAGACGAAGCAUACGGCGCGCGCUCGUGAAACGGAAGAUCACGACGCGCCUUCACGCGUCUACCUAACGUAACUUAGGCGAAUGGAUUUCGUUCUUUGCGGAUUUAAAAGAACUAAACGACGAGACGAGACGUUCUCAUUGCCCCCGCCCCCUUUUUUUUUGUUUUUGUUUCUAGAGAGAGAGAGAGAGAGAGAGAGAAAGCGAAAGAGAGUGUGUGUGAGAGAGAGAGAGAGAGAAAAGAAAAAUAAAAAAAGAAAGAAAAAGAAAUAUUGUGAUAGAAAAAAAAGCGUAGCAACUUAAGGCGUUAUUAGUUAUGAUUUUAAGCGAUUAAUUAAAUUACCAUUUAAGGACGCGAAGAGAGCGAAACAACGCAGGAAACAUCGGCCAAAAACAUCGGCGAUCCGCGUGAGGAUCGCGAUCGAUAAGCUGGACGCUCUUAUCGCGCCUCCAGAUGUCCGUGGCAGCGAUCACCCAAUCUGAACUUGUUAACGAUCCUAUAUUAGUCGCAUGCAGGCGAUAUUCGCGCAACGCUAAUUAUUAACUGCGAUCUCUGUUCAAAUAUCGGUUUUAUAGCUGUCGAUGAAAGAGGCUGAUUAAACGAUACGAUGGAAUUACAUAUACAAUGUACGUAUUCAUAUAUACGGUAGAUGUACGAUUAUACUUUACAUGUAACGCCGGUGGAAACUGUCCCUUUUAACCCGACCCCAAACCCAGUUUUCCGCAUGCGUCAUUCCGAUUGUUCUUCGUGCAAGCCGUUUCUUCUAUUCUUUUUCUUUCGAAAUUCAGCGCGACCGCGAUGUUACUUCAAUCCCGAUCGUCCAAUGUUUCAAGCGACUGGUGGACAAAGCGAUUUCAAAAGAUCUGUCCGUCGUUCGGCGUCAGCUUCCCAAGCUCCGUGAAACAGCAAGGUGAAAUCUCCUAACUUCAAGAUCGAGGAGCGCUCGUAGAAAACACCGUAGGUAGCAGAACAGUGCAAGAAUUUUAAUUUCUUAUUCGAACGUGUUCUACAUUCCGAUGAAGACACUGCGGUAUGACAUUUGAAUGCAAUUUCGCGCUCUAAAUGGUCAUCGGCGGUGCUGGAACGCUACAGAGGGAAAUGUCAAUGCCGAUGGACGUCAGUUAAUUGUUUUUCAGCUUCUGCCUGUGGCAUUCAGCUUUCUUCGCACCGAAGAGGCUUUUUUUUGCAAAUACGUUUUCCUUUUUCAUAAAUUUGCAUAAAUUAAAAUUGCAUUUUUGAUAAAUUACACCGAUGCAUAGCUUCUGUUCGUUUUCCAAAAUACUCGUCUCAGCUUCGCUCAUGGUAUUUUUUACGGACACUCUUCGAUCAAUUGGAAGUGAAAUCGCGUGACGUUUGUUACGGUGGGAGGUUGUCAAACAUUUUGAAGAACGUUUUACAAUUUCAACGCUGUUACGCCUUUUCAGAGUGGCUUUUCCACUCCACUCGAUCAUCCUAUAGUUAACGUAUUUCCUAGCUUUAAGGAAGAUAUUAGAAAAUUAUCGUUAACGUGUGUAAUUUCCCGUUUUAGUGCUACGUGAAAGGUUUUCUUAAAACGUUCGAAGCGAACUUGCUACGCGAGAGUUCGUUCAGAAACUUUUCACUUUUUUAUUCGUCAACGUGGAUCCGUUCGAAGUGUUCAAGCUUCGAAACCGAGGUCUUCGAUGAAUUUUAAUUAGGAUAAAAAGUAACUCGAGAUACGAGCGGUAGCCUAAUGAGACGAGUAAGAUUUCACGAGAAUUAUAAUUGCAAAAUAUAUUUAUAUGGACAGAUGAAUAAACUGUUCGUUAAUAGCGUGACAAAAUGAAACUUCAACUUAUUAAUUGGGGGCUACAGAUGGUUAAAAAAUGUUGUAUCGUACGUUCAAAGUGUCCCAUUGUACAUUUAUCGACGAUAUUCUAUUCCGUACUUGUUAGAAAAUAUCGUGAAGUUCUAGGAAUCUCGAUCGUCGUUGUAAUUUCAAGAUAUUCGAGGUGAACGAGUUCGAGCAAAGAGAUCGUGGUAUUCGUAAAAGUAAUUUCUUAAUAGCCUUUCCUCGUAAUUUAUCGCGGGAGCAUUGACCAAUAAUCAGUUCGGAGAAAUUACGUCUCUAAUGACUUCAAUUAUGGCCAUUUAUCAGACAUAUGCAAUCUUUCGCGUUCGCCACUUAAACAAGAAUAUCAAAGGAACGUUUGACUUGAGAAUGUCGGGAAAUUUAUUUGAUUUCGAAUUCGCUAGCGGUCAUUUCCAAUUAGAAUCUUCGUUCUUCCGCGAUGUUAACGGGCAAACGUCGUUUUCUGAAUCGUUAACAACACUAUGAAAAUUUUACACGUGGAUCGGUGUCGAUAGAUAAUUGGCUGAAAUAAUAUUUCGUUUAAACUAACUACCGGUUACACUACGAAAACAAGCGACUGUCUCAAAUGAUUGCAAAGGCAAUUUAUCUUGAUAGUUCCCUAAGAAGUAUACAGAUAUCAUACAAUUUUUUACACAUUCUAUUCCAAUAAGCGGAUAAAAAUAAAAAAGAUCAUCGAAUAUUUUAGAAGACCUAGACUAAGAACAUCAAAGUACCAAAAAAAAAAAAAAGAAAAAAAGGAAACAACACAAAGCAAACACAGUCAAAGUGAUCGUAUCCGAGGACCUAUCGUUGUAUCAGUCUGCCCAUUCGUGGCACACGAUACUAAGCAGAAAUUUCGAAAUGGCGAACGACGCGUUGUCAUCGUUCCAAAAAAAAAAAAAAAAAGAAAUAGUCCAAGAUAAAUAUUAAACGGGUAACAAAACACAAUGAAAAUAACCAACGCUAAAUUAUUCGUAAAGAAGGUGCUGCCGAAAAAUGCUUGCGUAUCGAGUAUACAUGUAUAGUUUGCGAAUCGAUCUUUUGAAAUCUAUUUGUAUGGAAAUCAGUAGUGGCGAUUUUCGUGGCCAGAGUCGAUCGAUCGUUGUCGAGGAACCGAGGACUUCCGUUUGGAUCGAAGGUACGACGAAACGAUCCCCCAUAACGUUCUCCACAAAUCCACCCCCGUUUCUAGUGUACGUAAAUAAUGUUACAACGGCCGUACGUAGACUCUCUCUCGACGAUCGCGUAAUCAAUAACCGAUAUAGAGAGCGCUAUAACGAUUUUUUAUAUCGACAGCGGUUACUACUGUUUUCCACGGUUCUUUUUUAUACCAAGUAGAUGGAAGUAGCGGUGUAAUACGAUACGGCCUACUUUUCCACGAGCGUACAGUUGCUAAGGUGAACUGAGCAUCGCGAAAAAGGGAUACCUUUCUGAUUGUGAAUUCGGUCGUAAACGGAGGCAUCUCCAACCGGGGCACCUCUAUUUCCUCUUCCUUUUAUCAAUCGUCAAUCCUCGACUACGGACCAUCCACCUGCCAUCCGAAUCUGAAUUUUCUCUUUCGUUAUCGCGAUCCGCAGCGCAGACUUUUAGAAUCUCGUUUGAUAAUGUGAUCUAUAAUUUGAGCUACGUUCGAUCGUAGAAAUAUUGACAAAUUUACAUAUAAAGCAAUUACACAUGUACUAGGUUCGUUUUUAUAUUUAAAUUUGAUAAUUAAAUAAGUAACAUUGCCGAAUAAUCUACAUUUUGUGCUUGAGGUUUGUUUGCGAAAAGCGCGGACGAGGUUUGUAGUCGAUGAUCGAUGAUUGAUCGAUCCAGCGAACGUUUUGUAAAUCCAAGACGCAUGAUCUUACGUUAUAAUUCUCCCUAAAUGUAUGGAUCAGUUAUGAAAGUCCACCUAGCCUAGUUUGUACGCCUGUUGCAAUUAUUAUUAUUAUUCUUAUACUUAUUAUUAUUAUAUGAUUAUCGUUAACGUUAAUAAUCAGUGUCGUUCUACUGCUAUUAUUCUUAUCAUUACGUUUAAUUACUUCUAUUGCUACGAUUAUUGUUACUCGUCGUUAUUACCACUGUCAUCGCCACGAUCGAAUUAAAAGGAAAAAAUAAAUAAAUAAAUAAAUAAAUAAAAGUAAAAAAUAGUAUGCCCUAUACUCGGUAUCUGUGUCGAAAAGACCUAUGCAUAUAUUAAUGGUUAUCGCUAUAUAUGACUAAAAGCUCCAGUACAGUAAGGAACAUAAACAGUACACUCCUCCCUCGCCCCUCCCCCACAUUGAUAAUAAAGAAAAUUGACGUCGUUCGAUGAAUCCAUAGUAAAACGAGUAAAAUAGGCGUCCACGGCAAUUUGAUCGUUCGAAUAUCGUGAAAAACAUUUGAACAAAAAAAAAAAAAAAAGGAAAAAAGAAGAGAAAAGGGAAAACAGAAAGAAGAGAACAUCCGACGAAUUCUUUACACCUUGGCUCGACGACGAAUCGUCGUUUAUCGAGUCUCUCGCGUAAUACUAUGGACGACGUCGUUCUCACAGAAAUUUUGUACGUAUAUUAUAGCCUCCACUUUCGUUUUCAAUGAGAAAUAAAGAAGAAAUAAAUGAAUAAAACGAAACACCGAUGCGAGUAUGUACUUGAGAAAACUUGAGAGACAGAGAAACAGAGCGAGAGAGCGAGAGUGUGAGAAAGCGAACGAGCGAAGAGAACAGACACGAUAAUCGAUUCUUGCGAGACUCAUUAAAGCAUAGAGAACGUGUAUACUGCACGUUCGGAUGUGCGAUGGUGAGGAAGAUCGAUGAGAAGCAUUGUAUUCAUCCCCGACACACAACUAUUUAUUUGUACAUUAUUUUACCGAAUAAACGUGCAUCUUUUGCAUCCUUAAAUUAA